AACGGGGUGAUUUGCGACGCGCCACUAAACUCGGGGAAGAAGAAGAGUAACCUCACCAGGUUGACCGAUCCUGCGCAGGCCUAGCUCAUCUCAAACUAGCACUGUUAAAUGACCUAUACCUGUUUACUGGCUCGUUAACAGAGGUGGUAGCUUUGGUCCUGCAAUCGUGACAGCAUGGCGGCCACUGCAACGCCAGUGUGGGACGAGCACCAGGCGUACGAGGAGCUGCUGUACUGGGACAGCCUAAUACAACAAGGACACCGCCUCCACCCACAUGAUUUCGACAGAUACGAGGAGUUGCGUUACUGGUAUGAUUGUCUGUGCUAUGAAGAGGAGCUGAGACAGUACCAUGACUACAUUGCUGCUAUCGAGCAUAUUGAGGAUAAACGUCAUCGUGAGGAAGCCGCAGCUCCUCCAGUGCAGGCUGGGCCAUAUGAUCGCUACGUGUUGGCCAAACACUCUGAAGUGUACCCCUCAACAGAGGAGUUGGAGGCGGUGCAGACAGUCGUCUCCCAUGUGGAGUGUGCUCUCAAGACUGUAUCUGACCAGAUGGACGCUCCAGAAGAUGGCAAAGCAACUACAGAAGCACAGAGUAGCGACUCACAAGUGCGCGUCCUGCGUGGUGUUAUGCGAAUUGGUUUGGUGGCUAAGGGACUCCUGCUGAAAGGAGACAAGAACGUUGAACUAGUGCUGCUUUGUUCCAACAAGCCUACAGUGACUCUGCUUAAACAAGUGGCUGAACAGCUUUCUGCACAGUUAGAGGCUAUUUCACCUGAGACAUAUGCAGUAAGCCAGUGUCCAGGAGAUGCAGCCAUUGUUGUUACGAGCACUAAGGAGUCAGUUCUGACUCUUAUUAUCCACCUGACAUCACCUCUUGUCAGGACAGAGCAAGAGAGUCAAACUGCUGAAGCAGAACAAGAAACGCGAACAGUCAACGAUCCGCCGGACGUUCUGGACAGGCAGAAAUGCCUAACUGCCUUGGCGUCUCUCCGCCACGCCAAAUGGUUUCAGGCAAAAGUUAACAGCUUGAGUUCUGCCGUCAUUGUGAUCCGAAUCAUGAGGGACUUGUGUAACCGCGUUCCUACCUGGACUCCACUCUCAGGAUGGCCACUUGAACUGCUGGUGGAGAAGGCUAUUGGUACGUCUGAGAGACCGCUGGGAGGUGGCGAAGCCCUUCGCAGGGUUUUAGAGUGCGUAGCCUCAGGAAUCCUGCUGGAAGAUGGCCCUGGAAUUAAAGAUCCUUGUGAAAAGGAAGCUGUUGAUGCCAUUGCAUAUCUGAAUAAGCAGCAGUGUGAAGAUAUCACUCAGAGCGCUCAGAUUGCCCUGAGGCUGUGUGCAUUUGGUCAGAUGCACAAAGUGUUGGGGAUGGACUCUAAACCUCUGAAGUCACGAAAAUCUCUGGGAGCGAUUGGCAAAGAUAGCAUAGCCCAGAUACCACCUAUUGGACAACUGAACCUGCCAGCUAAGAGAUCGUACACAGAAGUGGACACAGGAGAGGAAGAGCCUCAUCUCAACAGCAAACAGAGAAAGUUUCUCAAGUUCCAGAAGCGCUUUCAGAAGAAAUCCUUCACAGAUGAUCUUAGCAUGAAUGCCGUAAUGCGUCUGAACCAGUACAGACCUGGCCUGGAGUACAGACUUACAUCCCAGACUGGUCCAGUUCACGAGCCGGUCUUUACGAUGGCUGUCGAUCUAAAUGGAAAGACGUAUGAGGCAACAGGGCCUUCCAAACGGGCUGCUAAACUUAAUGUGGCCACCAAGGUCCUGCAAGACCUUGGUCUUCCCACAAGCUCAGAAUCUAAAUCUGAGACCAGUAGUGAAGCUGAAGGAAGCCAGGAAUCAGUUAAAGCUGCUGCACUGACCUCUUCCGCAUCUGAAGAUGGUGGUCAGGGUCCAAUCUUGACUAAAAAUGGCAAGAACCCGGUGAUGGAGCUGAACGAGAAGCGCCGCAGCCUGAAGUAUGAGUUGUCGGCAGAGACGGGGGGCUCCCAUGAAAAGUGUUUUGUCAUGGAGGUGGAAGUUGAUGGGCAGAAGUUUAAAGGGAGAGGCUCCAACAAGAAGGAAGCAAAGGCCUACGCUGCCCUCGCUGCUUUAGAGAAGCUGUUCCCUGAUGACAGCGGUGUGUCAACCAACAGAAAUGCUGCAAAGAAGAAGGUCACCUACACAGACAUGCACAUCCCGGGAUUCGGCACCAUCCGGGGCAUUCCUUCAGACUCGGGGUCCCAUGGCUGGGGUCCCCACAGAGGGGGUCGAGGCAGAGGUCGAGGCAAACAGUUUCCCGCAGGACCCAGCUAUAACAAGACCAACUACAGUUAUGAGAGCAGCACUGGCACAGGCUACCAUAAAUUGUAUGGUAAUAAUGGCGCCAGUGCCACAGCCAAAGGUACUGGCCCCACCGCUUCAGGGUAUGGCACCUUUUACCCCGAGAGUACCACCACAUACUCGUCCCCACCCGUCUCCAGCUCCAACACCAGCACCACAAAGGGAGAAAGCUACCAGUCGAUGCCGCCUCCUGCUGAUCAGGAGAGUCCAUACAGCUACGGCUAUGGAGACGAGAAGAGGAAGAUGCUGACCCAAGGUGGAGACUACUCUAUGUACAGCACUGCUUAUCCCAGCUCUGUCACUGGGGGACAGAGUUACAAUAAUUAUGGCUGGGGAAACCAGUCGUCCUGGGGGAAUCAGGGGUAUGGCAUGUACCAGGGCUUUGGAGGACAUACCCAGGGCUCAUACUCUGGAUACAGCGGCAUGAAUUACUGAUCAUAGCAUCAAUGGUGCUUUUCAUUUUGCUAACAUGACUCCUAUCAUCCUUCAUGUCUUGGCGCCUCCAGGCAAGAUUAUGCAUGUUUCCUAACUCUAAGCCCCUGCCUCCUCAUUUCCUCAAGGUGGAUUUAAGUUGUUCAAAGUUCCUCCAUCGUGGUGGUGGUGGUGGGGGGGGGGCAAGGAAGCAUGUCAGCAUAAUGAAAUCUGCAGUCUCCCUCACCUUGAUUAUUAAUGAUCAUCCUGAGUCAUGUCUCCUAAAAAGAAGAAAAAGAAAUGCUGGUGUUUUCUCUGAAACUGGAAUUUUUGCUGUUCUUGUUUUGAUACUUUUCACCUCAGUUGUCAAUUCUUUUGACACCCAGUAAACCAAUUUUUGAGUUAAAUAUGUUUUUUCUGUCUGCACCCUUCGUCACGUCAAUGUUGACACGAGUGUUACAUUGUGUGUUUGUUUUGUUCAGUUUUUUUAAUCUAGUGUACUGGUUCUGUACAAGUAUCUAAUUUUUAUGUAAAGCUGCUUGUUGUUUUGAAUACAGUUCUUUCUGUUUCAUAAAAAUGCUCUA